AUGGUGGGCUCCACACCUGCCCUCUCCACACAGGACGUACUGUUACUAGUCAGGAAGAAUAUAAUCGACGGCAUGACCAGAGACAGCAGGGGCAUACUGGCCCUGGACCUAACGAAAGCGUUCGACACGAUCAAACGCAGAUUUCUAAUGGAAGUGAUCUCGGUGGUGGUGCUCGGCCGGAAAUUCCACUCUUACAUAGGCUCCUUCCUCAAAGACGGGAAGGCCACAAUCAAAAUAGGACAGGUCACGUCCGAUUGGUACACGCUGGGCACGAGGGGCACCCCACAAGGGGCGGUGCUCUCCUCACUAUUAUUCAAUCUAGCAAUGAAAGGCCUCUCGCACCGGAUGACGAGAGUGACCAACGUCAAUCACGCCCUGUACGCAGACGACAUUACGGUGUGA